GUGUGUCGUUUGCAAAUCCCGCGGGUGUGAUCGUUUCGCCUUUCGCCUGGUGUGCACUGUGGCGUGUGACUUUUUGGGAGUGCCCCCCUCGUGGAGCUACAGGUUUUGUGAGAGAAAGUCGUUUCAGUGACGGUGAGAAAGUGCCCGCCAUCAAUCGGCCGUUCGGAGUAAUGAAGACGGCAAAUGGAUCCUUUCACCCGCACCGGGUGGCUCUGUACGUGCUGUGGCUGUGGAGCGUCGUGGCGGUCGUCCGUGCGCACGGCUCGAAGGAAUCGCUUGCCGGGGGCGCCAAGUACGACAACCAUCUGAACGCCAGCCAAGCGUUCCUGGAACCGGACAUGAUCUCGGUCAGCCGGUACGACUCGUCGGCCGACGGGGUCCACAGCGAUGUGGCCGAUUCGCCGUUCGGCAACCACCAGCACCACCACCACCACCACCAUCAGUUUAGCUGCCAGGCGUGCCAGUACCGGAACGUGUACGCGAUGGCUUCGCUGAAGUCGAUCAAGGCGCACUUCCUGAUGAAGCUCGGCAUCGAGUACACGCCAAACCGGACGCGCUACCCGGAGGUGCCGGAGCGCAUCCUGAACAGCUUCCACGACAAGCUGGCGCACCGCCAGUCGCCGGUCAGCCAGCUGAAGGACAGCUUCGACUACCAGGGUGACGAACCGUCCAGCAUGCAGGCGGACGAGCCCGAGGAGGCGGAAGAUGACUACGAUUACUAUCAGAUCACGAACAAAAUCUUCAUCCUGCCGAACCGAACGCUAAACCACACCGCAACCACUCGAAUCACCCGCCACCGAACUCUGUUACCUAAACGUUUUAAUUACUUUUACGGGGCAUUUUCAAAAGAACAUUUCUUCUAACCCUAACUCUGCGCGUUGCAGAGUCAGCGACAAUUUUCGUCUCUCUUUUCAGCACCCCGGACAACAUCGGUUCCGAUUUCCAUUCCAGGCAUUUCACACUACCGGCACUCAUCGGCGUUGUAAUCAAGAUUGAUUCCCUUUUCCAGAACCCGGGCCGGGCCAGGGUUCGGGAUGCACAACCCAUUCGGAUCCCUCGGUUCCCUUGCGCCGAGCAAACAUUUUCGCCACGGGGCGGGAUUUUCCUUGAAGUCCCAAUUAAUGCGGAUUAAUUCGUGUAAACGGAGCACGGCCGGGAUGCGCAGUUUGUGAUAAAUGAACAUUACGGACCGUUCUCCGGUUUCACGAACGGUCCAUUCGGUCCACGGACCACUGGCCGGCCGGC